AUGGUUAUUGCCGAUAUGGGUCCAGGGCCCCUAUCGCCGCGCGGGCCCUUGUUCGAGGUGCUUCAGGUCGCGCCCGACACGAACGUGGAUAUCGUGGCCGUGCCUGCCAUCGGGGCCGACCAUCGAAAAGCAUGGACACCGCACCACUCGCGCUGCUGGCUGGAAACGGCCUUGUUCCAGCAUAUCCCCCGGGCGCGCGUGCUGCUGUACGACCACGGCGAGCUGCAUGAUAGCGACAGGCUGGACGUGCUCGGGCGCCGGUUUCUGCACCAGUUGCUUCACGAGCGAAAACACAACAACCCGCGCAGACCCAUCUUCUUCAUCUGCCACAGCACCGGCGGCCUCGUGGUGAAACAAGCGUUGGCACACGCGGCCCGGCCCGAGUCGCACCCAGCCAUUCUGACCAGCUGCCAUGGCAUUGCUUUUCUGGCCACUCCUCAUCAAGGAUCAACCUAUCUCUCUGCCGAUGAGUAUGAGGCUAGCAUUGGGCGUCUGUUGCAUCUCAGACAGGCCAUUCCGCUGUCUGUCAGAGAUCAGCUUCGGCCCCGACAGCAGGGGCUAUGGCACCUCUCCAACCAGUUCAAGGCCAUGUCGGCGGAUAUGAAAGUUUGGACUUUCCUGGAGACUGUCGACUCGACUUUGCGUGUCGUGGACACCGAAACAUCAAAUUGUACGGACUUUCAUGCUCCGAUCACCUCGAUUCGCUCGGGUUUGCUGGACAUCGAGCACGAGAAGGAAGUACCCAUGGCCACUGACCAUGCCGGGACGGCAAGUUUCCAGGGACAGGAGCCUGCGUUGGAGAGCUUUCUGACCAAGCUUGGAUCGGCCGUGACUACUGCGGUCAUGUUGUCGAGGGAGAAAGACACGCCGCUGGAGGUUGAAAAAGAGGUUACAGUUCAGGUGAAUGGUUUCUUCGAGGAUCCCUCUUUGGGUGUCAGUGAUGAAACACCUUUGAAACUGUGGUCUACGAACGUCUCCUUGGAGGAAUACCUAGCCGAUGGCCCGUCGGCCUGUUUGCGGGAUAGACUGAGACGAGCUAGCAAGCGCCAGUCUGGUGGCUACGAUGACUCGUCGCUGAGCAGUUUUGGUAGUCGGCACUCGGUGUCGCAUGUUCCUGCUCCAGAGAUAAAGCACCUAAAUGAGCCUGAGCCUCACCAUGAGGAAAGGCCAUCGCGACCAUCUCUCAUACGACAAAGCCGCAGUUUCGCCGGGUCAGGGCCGCAGUCUCCUGAAAUUCACAUAACCGGACCUUUCAACAGGGAGACGAGUGAAAGUCCUCCCCCACCGGCGGCUCGAAAGCGCCCUCGUUCUGUUAUCAGAGCUAUUAACCCACUUCUGUUCAAGUCUCACGAGCGGACAACGUCAGACAGUAGCUCCCAGACCGCAGAGUCGAGUUCACGCCCACCGUCAAGUUCUGCCUCUCCAUCGAGACAAUCUGAGUUUUUGUCCAUCCCGACAUCCACCCGAGAUCGCAUCAACCAGAACGUCGAAUCGUCGGAUAUCCCCAGAUCAGUGCCACGAUUUGAUCGACCGGAGCCAGAUACCGAAAAGCUACUUUGGAUCCAUGUUCCCUACACACAUACUGGAUGGGUAUCACAGGUGAUCCGGCAAGCCUGUCAUGAUCGCCAUGAGCCUAAUUUUCUCCGGAAAUUUGUCAACGAGGAAAACUGGUACUCGAAUCUCAACAGAGCUCGCCAUUCAGAGCCUCACGCCCGGUUUGUGCGGCCGAAAUGUAUUCAUUCGCGACACAUGGACGGUUCAAAGGGUACCAACGUGGAGGAGGCAGACGAUCCCCAGUUAGCCUUAUACGUCCCAUACCUCCAUUGGGAUACCUACCGAAAUCUGAUUCAACGCCGCAAAGUUGUCGAGCAAAGACUAGCCCAGGGACGAACAAUCCCCGUGCCAGGCUGGAUCUCACAAUCUAGUCAGGAAGCAAAACUGAUCUGGAAAUAUCUCGGCUGCGAACCCCCCGUUCAUUUCCGGCGUACGCUCGAUCAAUUCGGGUAUCCGAACCUGCGGUCUACCGUGGCCCGCGACGAUGACCAGAUGCUCUGGAAACGCACCAGAAAACCUGUACGCGUGGAUGACCACCUGCGCGAGCACCUAGAGCCACAGCAGGGCGAACUCGAUGACUCGGAUGCGGAUGAGUUCAUGGAUGGCAAGGUACUGAUGGUGGAUCAGCUCUGGCUCUGGAUCGUCGACGAGAAAACUAUUGUGACUUUCUUUCCAAACCAGGAAGCUACAACCUCCGAGGGGAAACUCUACGAACAGUCUAACUUGCACAGUAGUAUCUACAAUGAGCUAAACGGGGAUUUGGCCCGCCGGUUCGAUACGGCUGGGGAUCUCGCUGCGUUGAUCGUGUUGCAUGCUGUCACUGUUCUGUUGGAUAAGACAUUGCAUCAUGACCUGCAGGUCCUUCGUAUCUUCGAAGAGUCGAUCAGCAUUCUAACGGAAUCCGUCACCAAAUCCUUCAAACGCUUCCGCAAUCGCGGCUUCGCCAAUCGUCCAGCAGAUCACAACCGCCUCCCCAGUGGUAAGAUGAUGACAGCUACGCAGCGCGAUCAGCGCGAUCGUAAAGUUGCACAGCGUAACCGCGAGGACCUAUCUGUUCUAUUAGAACUGCGCGAUAUCGAGGACGAGCUGUCUACGCUGUUAAAACUGCUUGACCAACAGGAGACCGUGAUCAAGAGAAUGGCUGAGUACUUCGAAGCCAAGGGAUGCGGGAAGAUGUUCCUCGAUACGGCAAUGUCAAGGCUUGGGGAGUAUCGAUCGCAGAUCGGGGAGAUGAAGGAGAAUUCGCAUGAGGCGCAGAAAGCGGUGGAAACACUCCUCGAUCUGAAGCAGAAACAAGCCAAUGUUGACGAGUCCAAAAUGACUCGGUGGCAGGCAGAGGUGACGCAGAAUCAGUCGCGGGCUGUGAUGGUCUUCACAAUCUUUACAGUCAUCUUCCUUCCGCUGUCCUUCUUCACUUCGCUGUUUGGGAUCAACGCCCGCGAAUGGACCGGGACAAAAGAUAACCUGUCUCUGAACUUGAUGUUCGAAAUAGCCGCACCCACCUCGAUAGCGCUCAUCGCAUUCACUCUCCUAAUGGCCUUCAGCGAGAACCUACGCGAAGCCGUCUCAAAAUCCCACAAGAUAGGCACCGGGUUCCUAAGAGAGUUUCUUCUCCAUCCCAUUCGCACAUUUUUUCGCUGGGACCGGCUGAUGUAUCGCGCGCCCUCUGUCGUGCUGCCCGAGGACUCGGCCAUGCGCAAGCGCCUUGAUCAAUAUCUCGGCUACGAGCAUCACAAUACGAAGUUUGAUGAGGAUAUUUGGGAAAACUGGCAAGCGGAUAAGGAUGUCCUUUCAGCGUUGUAUAACCAGAAACCGAAACCGAAGCCGGUUGUGGAGCGGGUGGGUGAGCGGAUGGAGUCGUUGUCGGAGAAGGUGAGGCGGAGGAGUGAGUCGAGGGUAUAA